GUUCUUUAACCAUUAUCGUAAUUUCUUCAAUCCUUCAAAUUACUCGAAUUAGGGUUUCUUGCAAAUUCCCCCCUUUUGAAUUGGGGAGGAAGUCUCAGGUCGCGUAAUCAGAUUUUUAUUUUCAUCCCACUGAAACACGUUUCAUGUAAACGCGUCUGCGUUCUCUGUUUCAGUAUCAUCCAUAGAUUCUUUGCAUCAUCAGCAUUUUGGAGCUCUAGAACUCUUGAUCUAACAGGAGUUUGGAGAUAAAGAAGUGAGAAAAAAAAAAUGAGGCCAAAAGCAGUGUGGGAGCCUGAAUAUCACAGAGUGUUUGUUGAGCUAUGCGUGGAGCAAACAUUGCUAGGGAAUAAACCCGGGACACAUUUUACGAAAGAAGGUUGGAGGAAUAUAUUGUCAUCGUUUCAGGAGAAGACAGGGGCAAUGUACGAUAGAAUGCAGCUUAAAAACCAUUGGGAUACAAUGGGCAGGCAAUGGAAAAUAUGGCGUAGACUCGUUGAAAGCAGUUAUAUGAGUUGGGAUCCUGAGACCAACACGUUUGGUGCGAGUGAUGAUGACUGGGCUAUCUAUUUACAGGGGAAUCCUGAUGCUGGACAGUAUAGGUUGAGUGUUCCGCCAGAUCUCAAGAAGCUAGAGAUUAUCUUUGCGGGUAGGAAUGUAGAGGUCAAAGAUGAGGGAGUUUUGCUUACAAGUGUAAAGAAGAGGCGAAGAAGUUGUUACGAGGAAGAAGAUGAAGAUAACCAAAGCAUGUGUAGUUCAUCUAACCCUCAAACAAAAGGAUAUUGGUCUCCAUCUACACAUGAGCUGUUUCUUGAUCUGUUGGUUCAAGAGACUUUGAAAGGAAACAGACCCGAGGCACAUUUUAACAAGGAAGGUUGGAAGACGAUUCUUGAGACAAUUAAUGAUAAUACCGGCCUUGCUUAUACAAGAGCGCAGCUUAAAAACCACUGGGAUUGUACUAGGAAGGCUUGGAAGGUUUGGUGUCAACUCGUUGGAGCUAGUAGCAUGAAAUGGGAUCCUGAGACUCGUAGUUUUGGUGCAACAGAAGAGGACUGGCGAAUCUAUAUUCGGGAAAACCCAAAAGCAGGACUAUUCCGCCACAAGGAAGUUCCUCAUGCUGAGCAACUAGCUAUAAUUUUCAACGGGGUUAUAGAACCUGGAGAGACAUACACUCCUCCUUCGCGUUUGCGCAAGAAGCUCCUCUACAAUCGUUCUGAGUCACCACAAUGGAAUCACCCAACUCCAUUAUCAAAGCACCACAUAGAUGAAGCAGAAACCUCCAGGCUAAAUGGUGGUUACGCAGAGUCUCGGUUGCAAGAAGAUCGGAUAGAAAGCGAAACCGCUCAACCGUUGGAUGCCAUGAAGUCAAUGAGUGACGGUAUGUUACAGGAAAGUCCAGUAUGCGUUGAGAUUGAAUCGGCAAAGCUUAUGUACAGCAUUGGAGAAUGCAUUCAAAGACUUGACGCGAUGAAUGAGGUGGAAGAAGGUAGUGAGCUCUACUUGUAUGCGUUGGAUCUGUUUCUGAAGAGAGAGUAUAGAGAGAUAUUCUUAGAGCUGAAGAAGCCGAGUUUGAGAAUCGCAUGGUUGGAGAGACUUCACUCUGCUUCGCUUGCUGUUACUACUACAACAUAGGUUAAGUUAUAAAGCUAAAAGCCAUCCUUUGUGUUAAUUUUAAACUCUGUUUCUGUCUGAUUUUAUACCCAAAUGAAUCUUUCUUUAUUACUUAUAUAUAUAAAACAGAAGGUAGAGAUCAUGUUGAUGAACC